ACUCAUAAUAUAUAUAGAAUGGCAAGACAGUCGCUUCAAGACGUCUGUAGAGUAAACAUAUCUUUGUAGUAAUUAUAUUAUUAACAAAAUGUGGAUAAAAACAUUAUUAUUUAGUAUAUUAUUCUUACAUAUUUGCAGAGACGUAUCAAGCAGAGAAUGCAGCGAUUGUCAAAAGUAUACAUUAUGCCAACCCGCCCUAACUAUGUUAUCAACAAAGAGAGAUGAUGAAACUAAAAAAAUAUUUACGACAGCAUAUUGCGGGUUCGAUGAAGUACACAAGAUAUGCUGCUCGGAUUUUAUGACCGGGGUCCCUGCAAGCCUAAGUGAUAGGAGUGGAUCUGACGUUGACAAUGCAGAAAAACUAAAGUUGCUACCCGAGGAAUGCGGCGAUAUUCAGGGAUCUCGUAUCGUCGGUGGUACAGUAGCUAGUUUGUAUGAAUUCCCUUGGAUGGCCCUCAUAUCCUACAACACACGUUUUGGCCGUCAAUUCAAAUGCAGUGGUAGUAUCAUAAACAAGCGAUACAUCCUGACCGCGGCUCAUUGUGUACAAGGGGAGGACAUAGCUGGAGUUCGUCUUGGCGAGUUUGACGUCCGCUACCGAACAGAUUGUGUGGGGGAAGAACCGAACUUCGUGUGUGAGACGCAUCUACAGGAUGCAGGUGUCGAAGAAAAAAUCAUACAUGAGGAAUACCAAACAUUACCAUGGGUUAAUAAUGAUAUUGCUUUAUUACGACUUUCGGAGGACAUUGACUUUAAUCAUAAAAAUGUUGCCCCCAUCUGCCUUCCGGUGUCUGAAAGCUUGAAGAACACGACUUUGAGUGGAGAACGAGCUACUGUAGCUGGUUGGGGUCUCACCGAGACAGGGCGGGAGUCAUCCGUGCUGCUGAAGGUGCUUGUGCCUAUUAAGAGCGAACAAGUAUGCCGUAACUUCUAUAACAGGAAAGCAAAUCGAAACGAAGACAGAACGCAGAACCAAUUAUGCGCUGGUGACCUCAACAAAGAUUCCUGUAAUGGUGACUCAGGGGGUCCUCUUAUGUUGGAAGAGGAAUAUGAUGGCGUGGAUAGAUUUGUCCAAUUCGGUGUUGUAUCACAUGGACCGAAACGAUGUGGCUCCAACUUCCCAGGAGUGUACACAGAUGUGAGAAACUAUGUGGACUGGAUUUUGGAGAAGAUGAAGCCUUAAAACAUAUUAUUUUAAAGAUCGAAAUAUUUUAUUAGUUCGUAAAUAUAUAAUUGAACAAC